AUGCCUUCCUCGAAACGGCAAAAAGUGUCGCAAAAGGUCUCGUCUCUCAAAGAGUCUCACAGAGUCGAGAAAGAACCCUCUCCGACUCCAUCCGCCGGAUCUGAAUCCGAAGUCGAAGACGAUGCCGAUGGUGAUGCCGAUGCUGAUGCCGACGCUGAUGCCGACGCCGACGUCACUGCUGAUGCCACUGAGGAAGUGACCAAGACCUUCAAGGAAUUGGGCGUCGUCGAGUCUCUCUGCGAAGCAUGCGAAGCUCUCGGGUACAAGAAGCCCACGCCUAUUCAGGCUCAGUCGAUACCUCACGCCCUUGCGAAUCGCGACAUUAUUGGUCUGGCCGAGACAGGUUCAGGAAAGACGGCGGCUUUCGCACUCCCCGUAAUUCAGGCGCUUUUAGAGAAACCUCAACCAUUCUUCGGACUUGUUCUCGCACCAACAAGAGAGCUGGCAGCACAGAUUGGCGCACAGUUCGAGGCACUUGGUAGCCUCAUCAACUUGCGAUGCGCCGUGAUUGUUGGCGGUCUCGACUUCGUUUCUCAAGCCAUUGCUCUAGGAAAGCGCCCCCACAUCCUCGUUGCCACCCCCGGACGCCUAGUUGAUCACCUUGAGAAAACCAAGGGCUUCUCCUUGCGUUCACUGAAGUACCUGGUUAUGGACGAGGCCGACAGACUCCUGGACAUGGACUUCGGCCCAGCCAUCACUUCUCUCCUCAAGUUCCUCCCACGUGAACGCCGAACCUUUCUCUUUUCUGCUACGAUGAGCACAAAGAUUGAAAGCCUGUCGCGGGCCAGUUUGAGAGACCCAGUCCGCGUCAGCAUCAGCUCCAACAAAUACCAAACAGUCAAGGGAUUGAUCCAACAUUACUGCUUUGUUCCCCAUACGCAGAAGGACACCUACUUGGUCUAUCUUGGAAAUGAGUUCGCCGGCAAGCGCAUCAUCAUCUUUGCCCGCACUGUUGCGGAAGUGCAACGUUUGUCGAUUUUGCUGCGAGCAUUAGGAUUCUCUGCCAUCCCUCUGCAUGGACAGCUCAACCAGACUGCCCGUCUCGGUGCGCUUUCCCGGUUCCGUGAGGGAACUCGCCAAAUCCUUGUAGCUACGGAUGUCGCCGCCAGAGGUCUCGACAUUCCGCUCGUUGACAUUGUCAUAAAUCAUGACUUGCCGCAGGACAGCAAGACCAUGAUUCAUCGAAUCGGUCGCACUGCACGUGCCGGAAAGUCAGGAAUUGCCAUCAGUCUGGUCACACAAUACGACCUCGAAAUUUACCUGCGAAUCGAGGCUGCCCUCGGGAAGAAACUCACCGAGUACCCCACGCAGAAGGACGAGGUCAUGGUGUUCCAGAGCCGCGUUGAAGAAGCACAAAGGCACGCGAGAAUGGAAAUGAAGAAUUUGAUGGAGAACCAGGGCAAGAAGGGCUCAACUCUGAAGGGUGGAAAGAAGGGCAAGGGCAAGCGGCGUCAUGACGACAUGGAUGCAGAGGAGGGCUAG